AUGAAAGUUGGCAUUUUCCUGUUGUGCUGGGGGUGGCUUUUGACUACUGAAAGCAGAGUGUCCGUGAAAAGAGAAGUCAAUGAGAUGUCUAAGAAAGGCCGCCCAGUUCUCAAGAGGAACCCUGAUCACCAGUCCCCGCUGACCAAAUCGGAACAGCUCCUAAGGGAUAGAAUUGACCAUGAUUUUAGCAUGGCGGCCUGGCUUCGGAGACCCGCAGUUCCUGUAGGUGUGUGGAUGUGCAGGGUGGAGAGCUUGGACAGCAUUUCAGAGGUGGACAUGGACUUCACCAUGACCCUCUACCUGCGGCACUACUGGAAGGAUGAGCGGCUGGCCUUCCCUAGCUCCAGCAACCUCAGCAUGACCUUCGACGGGCGGCUGGUAAAAAAGAUCUGGGUGCCUGACAUGUUCUUCGUGCACUCCAAGCACUCCUUCAUCCACGACACCACCACGGAUAACGUGAUGCUGCGGGUGCAGCCUGACGGGACGGUGCUCUACAGCCUCAGAGUUACAGUGACUGCCAUGUGCAACAUGGACUUCAGCAGGUUCCCCCUGGACACACAAACCUGUUCACUGGAAAUUGAAAGCUAUGCCUACACUGAAGAUGACCUCAUGCUGUACUGGAAAAAAGGCAAUGACUCUUUAAAGACAGAUGAGCGGAUCUCCCUCUCCCAGUUUCUUAUUCAGAAAUUCCACACCACCACGAAGCUGGCUUUCUACAGCAGCACAGGAUGGUACAACCGUCUGUACAUUAACUUCACAUUGCGGCGCCACAUUUUCUUUUUCUUGCUCCAAACCUACUUCCCCGCCACCCUGAUGGUCAUGUUGUCCUGGGUGUCUUUCUGGAUCGACCGCAGAGCUGUGCCUGCUAGAGUGCCCUUAGGUAUCACCACGGUGCUGACCAUGUCCACCAUAAUCACGGGCGUGAACGCCUCCAUGCCUCGUGUCUCCUACAUCAAGGCGGUGGACAUCUACUUGUGGGUCAGCUUCGUAUUUGUGUUCCUCUCGGUGCUGGAGUAUGCGGCCGUCAACUACCUGACCACAGUGCAGGAGCGCAAAGAGAGGAAGCUUCAAGACAAGUUGCCCUGCUCCUGUGGUCUCCCACAGGGACAGCCUGUCAUGCUGGAUGGUGGCUACAGUGAUGGAGAGGUGAACAACCUGGGCAGGUACACACCAGACCCUGGGGAGAAGUCCAACAGGAUGAUGGUGCAACCAGCUCUGAUCCCAGAGAGGAAAAGUCAAAGAAGCAAUUACGGGAGCAUGAAGAUCGACACCCAUGCAAUUGAUAAGUACUCCCGAAUCAUAUUUCCAGCAUCAUUCAUUUUAUUCAAUUUGAUAUACUGGUCUAUUUUCUCAUAG